UACCUUUUUUCAUGUCUCAAACACUUCCACUUUCCUAGAUUUCCCACCUUUCAAUUAUUACUUUUUUCUUCUUAUAUUCCCCCUCUUCCUUCUCUCAUUUCUCAUAUCCAUUCCAUUCAUAACACACUUCUCUUCUCUUCUCUUCUCUUCUCUCUUAUUCUCAUUCAAAAUAUGGGUGAAUUAGCUUACUCAAAUGGCAUUAAUGGAGGAAAUGACAAAAGCCACUCACCUCCUAAUGGUUAUAGGAAAAGCUGCUGGUAUGAAGAAGAGAUUGAAGAGAAUCUUAGAUGGUGUUUUGCUCUCAAUAGCAUCUUGCAUACAGGAGCUAGUCAGUAUCAAGACAUUGCAUUGUUGGACACAAAGCCAUUUGGCAAGGCAUUAGUACUUGAUGGAAAGCUUCAGAGUGCAGAAACAGAUGAAUUUAUCUACCAUGAAUGUCUUGUUCAUCCAGCUCUUCUUCACCACCCUAUGCCAAAAAAUGUUUUCAUUAUGGGUGGAGGAGAAGGGUCUACUGCAAGGGAACUUCUCAGGCACAAGACUAUAGACAAAGUUGUAAUGUGUGACAUUGAUGAGGAAGUGGUGGAGUUUUGCAAAUCAUACCUAGUUGUAAACAAGGAAGCUUUCCAUGAUUCGAGACUUGAAGUCGUCAUCAAUGACGCGAGGGCUGAACUAGAAGGCAAAGAAGAGAGGUAUGAUAUAAUAGUUGGAGAUUUGGCUGAUCCAAUAGAAGGAGGUCCUUGCUAUAAGCUUUACACUAAAGACUUCUAUGAACUCAGUCUCAAGCCAAAACUGAAGAAAGGUGGAAUAUUUGUGACACAGGCAGGGCCUGCUGGAAUAUUCAGUCACACAGAAGUUUUCUCAUGUAUUUACAACACCUUGAGACAAGUUUUCAAGUAUGUGGUGCCUUAUUCAGCUCAUAUCCCAUCUUAUGCUGAUAUUUGGGGAUGGGUCAUGGCUUCAGAUUCUCCAUUGGAUCUUAGUGCUGAAGAACUAGACAUCAGAAUGAGGCAGAGGAUUAAUGAAGAGAAUAGAUAUCUUGAUGGAAAAACAUUUUUGUCAUCCUCGACUUUGAGCAAAGCUGUUCGUAAUUCGCUAAUCAAUGAAACUCAUGUAUACACAGAGGGAUCAGCUAGGUUCAUAUAUGGUCAUGGCAAGAAUGCAUAACUUAGCUUCAAAUAGUAAAACAAAAAGACACACAAUGCAAGUUAACAAAGGCUUUCAACUUUCAAGAUAUUUCUUUCAUUAUUAUUAUAUGUAUUUCCUUUCUGAAGUUCACUUUUUUUCUUCCUCUUGUAUUAUCCCUUGGCUUGUACUUUCACCACUCAAAAGGCUUCUAAGUGUUGUAUCAAUGAACAAUCAAUGGUUCCUAUCU